CGGGUGGGAGCCGUUUCUGGGCCCGUCUCCCGGGACCGGGCGGCAGCGAUCUCGGCCGCGGCCCCCGCCAUGGAGAGCUACAGGGUGCUGGAGCAGCUGGAGCCCGGGGCUCUGGGCACAGUGCUGGUGGUGGAGUUAAAAACGGAGAAAGAAGGUGCUGGGAGGAAAUAUGUGCUGAAGCAGGUUGAAUGCAUUGAUGAACAACAAGCAAAUAAUGCCCUGAAGGAGGCAAUGGAUCUGCUGAAACUUCAGCAUUCAAACAUCUGCAUGUACAAAGAAUUGUUUAUCACCUGGGAUAAUAAGAUUUCAUCUCUAUUUCUUUGUCUGGUGAUGCAGCACUCAAGCCAAGGAGACCUUUCAUCUCUGAUCAAGGCAAAAAGGAAGAAGCGAGAGAAAGUAGAAGAUAUGGUAAUUCAGAAGUUCCUGGGGCAGAUGGUGGAUGCUUUGUUUUAUAUACACAAACAAAAUGUUUUUCACAGAAACCUCAAACCAUCUAACAUCCUUUUAACUGAUGAAGUAUCCUUCAUGCUUUGCGAUUUCAGUGUAGAAACUCUUAUGACAGAUGAAAUGAAAUGGAAGAUAAGAGUGGAAGAAGAUCCUGACUCUAAAUCCUGGAUGUCCCCUGAAGCACUCUGCUUUUCCUUUAGUGAGAAGUCUGACAUCUGGUCUUUAGGGUGUAUUCUACUAGACAUGAUGACCUGCUUCUUUCUUAAUGUGAAAGAGACAAAUUCCUUACUGCGGGAUAUUAGAAAGGACACCAGUAGUCUUGAGAGAGUUCUGACAUUAAUGCAGAAAGGGAAUAAAGAUACUCUGCCUUUGUCUCCAAUUUUACUUAUGAUGUUACAGAUUCAGCCCAGUAUGAGACCCUCAGCAAAGGAUCUGGUUGAUACUCCAUAUGUUAUGGAAUGUUUGUCUCUUGUUGGUUCCUCUUUAUCAAAACAGGAAAAAACCUUGCCUUCAGCAAUUGUAGAUGUGCUCCUUGAAGGGGGAAUUGGAAGUGUUUUAGAAUUUAUGGAGACUUACUGGGACAUAGAGCAGGCUCAAGCAAAAGCCAUAAAGCGCCUUGCCAGCUUACUAGAUGAAAAUGCUUUUAUGUAUUUGCUAGAACUUCUGAAUCCUGUCACUUGUGCAAUGAGGACUCAUAUAGAUUCUCUAGAGCUGCAAUUAGAUGGCUGCAGAUUACUGCUUGACAUUAUUGGCCAAGCCCUACAACAGAAUGUGGAUGUGCAGAUGCUAGUUGGUGAGGAAGGAAUCAAUUCUCUGUUAAAGACAAUGAGAACAUAUUCUGAAAAUGAAGAACUGCUCUCAAUGAUCUGCACUUUACUAAUGAUGAUUUCAGCCAGUGAAAUGGCUGCAGAAGUCCUGAGGAAAGCUGGAGUCAUCACAGAUGUUCUGUCAAUUAUAAGCAAUUUUCCUCAGAACAGACAGAUCUGCCUCUCUUGCUCUGGUAUUCUUUGGAGCUUGGCUGUGAAUGAAAGUAACAUGGGGCAAGCAUCACUAAAAAAUGCUGUCCAGAUUAUCACUGGAGUCCUCCAAGAACACCGUGAGAAUGGAGAGGUGGUUGAGUUGGCUUGCUCUGCCCUCUGGGUUCUGAUACUUCAGGGCUGCUUAAUUGAAAACCAGUAUGAACCAACAACUCUGCUUCUGUUGGAUGCUCUCAGGAUGAACCCAGAAAGACCAGUGCUGGUGAAGAAUACCUGCUUGGCAUUGGCAAGCCUCCUACAGAUAUCUGAGUUAUCUGCUUUCAGACUUAUAAUAACAGCUACAAAGGGCAGCGGAAUAAGCCUGAUCAAAGAGUCCUAUCACUUUCACUGUGAUAAUCCAGAAGUGGUGGAGAACAUCUGUAUGCUGAUUAAUGAGAUGGUUCAGUAUGAUGACAUAGUGCUAGAGAUGAUCUCCCAGAACAUGAAGGAGCUGCUGACUGAAAUGAAAGUCAAGUUUACAUCCAGUAUGGAGAUAAUUACCCUUGUGGAUUCAGCACUUUUGAAACUGCAGAAGUAAGGUAAAAGUGAAGCUUUGAGUCCCAUUUUGUGGGUAUGUGUUAAUAUACACGUUGUAUGAAAUUAGUGCUUUACUAUUUGGCAAAUUCAAAGCACCUUUUAGUUAAAGUAAGCAUUUUAUUUGUAUUAUCCCAGCUCUGUUUUGUUUAAAAAGAAGCAAUGGGAUGUAGGGAACAAAAUACCAGACUACAUUCAGGCAGCACUUAUGGCCCAGUUAAUAAGGCAUUUGCAGCAAUACUAGCUAUCAGCUGGUAUCUGCAUCUGGAAAGUGACCCAUACUUCAGGAACAAUAUGUUCUAAUUUCUGUCUGAAGGACCAUAAUAGGGAAAUAUUCUAAAGAGUUUCUAUCCUUACUAACACUCAUUUAGAUCUAUGGGAGUUACUAACUUUGGGAGCUUUGCUGGAAGUUGAACCAGCCCCCCGACCCCUCCAUGAUCAGGAGGCUACAAAGGUGUCAAUCAGCUGCCUUUGUCCUUGACCAAGAAUGGCUCAGCCAAAUGAGAGUAUGAGCCUGGACCGGUCAUAAACUUCCUGUCAGGGUGGUUAAGCACUGGAAUAAGUUGUCUAGGGAGGUCAUGGAAUCUCCAUCAUUGGAGAUUUUUAAGAGCAGGUUAGACAAACACCUGUCAGGGAUGGUCUAGAUCAGCGCUAUUCAAAGUGGUGGGGUCCGCGAGCCGUUGGCUGCCAGUCUGUGCGCGCACUGAGAAAAAAAAUUGCCGGUCCCCCACAUCAGAUAGCACUGGUCUAGAGAAUACUUAGUCCUGCUAGAAGUGCAGGGGACUGGACUAGAUGACCUCUCGAGGUCCCUUACAGUCCUGUGAUUCUAUGACAAAAGCUGUUCUAUAUAUACGGUACAAGACUUGAAGUUUUCUGAUUCAGGUAGAAAUGCCCGAUUCCUUCAAAAGUAUUUUAAAAAGAUUUUUCUCCCCAAAAGGAGAUACUGCUUGUAUUAUACAGACAUCAUCCGCUUGAACAUAUUCCAUUGUAUUCUUUACAACGAACCGCUUUGACUAUUGAGAGUCUGACAGCAGUGUUAUUUUGGGAACUUGCCUUACUUUGUGGAUUUUUAAACUACAUUUAAUGUCUAACAUACUUUCCUGAAAGAUGAAUAAAAAUCAUACUAAGGACUACAGUCUUGGAGUUAAGUGAGCUUUAUGUAUUUAGUGAGCUUUUGGUCCAUGAAUUAUUCAUUUGGACCAUAACAGCUUCUUCUCAGGCUUAGCUCUACCUCAGCAGUUCAUGAACAGACAUAUGAUUCCUUGUAAUAGACUGUUCAAAGAUAGGAGUUUAUUAUGCAUGUGUUCCACAUGUCUGUGCGAAUGAAACUUUUUACAAGACUCUCAGUAAAGUUUACUGCACUUUGACUGCUUUCUUCCCCUUGCAAUUGCAACAUGUAUAUAGGUCCACUAUCAAAUUAGUUUAGGUGUUCUAAUCUAUCUUUCACUUGCAAUAUUCUCCUUUUAAACAUGUACUCUCAGGUAUUGCUAGUGUGUUCAUAAAAUCUUAUGCUGCUCUGGGCAAUAUGCUGUGCCACAGCUGCUCCUAUGUCAAAUGGGAUAUUCACCUAUAAUCUGAAUAAAUGCAGGAAUAGUGCAACAGGCUUCACACGCUUUGGUUCAAUAUUUCUAGCUGAUCAUUUUCCAGUUUUUGGGACGCUACUAGUCUUUUGUUGUUAAAUGUCCUAAUAUUAAAAGAUGUGACAUCAAAGGUAUUUAGAGCCCAGUAUCAUUUCCUUCUUGUUAUAAAUCUAAAUACACAGAGCUAGGAAAUGAGGCUGUAAUUUAUCUUCUCUUGCCAAAGCUCAGGGCACACAGUCUUUCAGCUGGGGCAUCAACUUCUUUCAUAGCACAUGAAGUGUUUACAUAGCUCA